AAAACAAUUGUAUUUUACUUAAAUUUUCAAAUAAAAUUUUUGUUAUCUCUGUUUAGAAAAAAUCUUGUCAGUACCUAUUUAUUUUUAACUAUGUAAAUAAAUAAGCAUUCGUAAUAAAUUUUUUGACAAGUAUUUUGAUGUUUGAGAAAUGGACAGUAUUGAUCAAUAGCAAGAAUAAUUAAAUUGUUGUCAAUGAAACUUCUGCAGUCUAAUAUGACGAACGCCGAAAAUUAAUAAAUUCGAUAAUGAAUCAACAUAAAUUUUGGAAAGGUUUAACACCGUUGGAAAUUAAUUCUUCAUCACAAGUACCUGAAAAAAUUGUGAAGUUAUGUUCCCUUGGGUCUGAUUUCAUUGUGCUGGGAAACGACCAUGGACUGUACCACUGUGACAUUGAAGAAGGCCGCUUGGGUUUUAGCAGAAUAAACGGAAUUUCAGCAAUAGACAUAUCAUAUCACAAUGAAAUUCUUUACAUAAUUGAUAUACAUGGCCGCCUGUACAAAACAAACAAUAGCUUUAAAAACAAAGAAGAAAUCGUAGUUAAGGAAGAUGCGAAAUGUUGUCCCCACGGCUUCAAGAGCUCUAGCUAUAAAGUGAAGUUCAGAAAUGUAGUGUCAAGUGAUUUUGGACAACUUUUUAUUAGUAGUGAUGGGCAACUGUGGGGAUCAGGAGUUAUGCCCCAAAUAUCCUUAGAUACGAGUAGUAUUAAAAAAGUGCCAUUUUUUGAAGGGAGGACUGUGUAUAGUGCUUCAGUGGGACAAAACUUUGCAGCAGUGAUUGCUAGGAAGAAUGUUAAACGGUCAGGUAACUACGAUACAGAAAGUGACAAUGAUGAUGAGGAAGUGUUUGCUUCAAACUGCUCACAAUGUCAGACAAUAAUAGGCUUGGCAUCCCCAGCAUCUGUGCCGUCCUUGUCAGAAACCUGUCCCCUCGGGGUCCAAAUUAGCAGGUCCAGUGAGGACUCCAGUAGUACUACUGCCCCACAAACUGAUGUACAUGUUGAUGCUCACAGCUUAACUGAGGACUCUAGUCCAUCAACUGAAGUAUCAAAGGUACAGAAUGAUGUUACAAAUAAUCCUGUUGUAGAAAUAAAAAGCCACCAAGAUGGUACAGUUGAAGAAGAUGAUAGUACAGAGGCAGAAACAGAAACACACCUAAAUAAUGAAAAGAUUAACAACAUAUUCAUCAACACUGAUGCAGCCCGGCAGUUUCUGAGCAGACAACUCUCAUGGGUGUCUGCUGGAGAAGAUUACUUAGUGGAAUGCACAGAAAAACCUACAAGAAUAAUAAAAGAAAAUGUCUCAAAUCUCACCAACUUAGUUUAUGAAGGCGUAAGGACAGUGGGAGACAAGGUUGCCACACUGUCCCGCCAUGUGAGUGGCAGCAGUGACAACAAUGAGGUUGUAGAGCUACAAAUUAGAAUAAACAAUGAAGACCUCAUGCACAGCUGCACUUCAAAUUGCAACUUAGAUGAUUUGCAUAUCUCAACAAGUACAAUAAGCAGUGAUAAACAAUUGGAAGCAUGCAGGAAAAAUGAGAAUGUUAAAAAUAUGGCUAAACUUGGUAAAAAUAUCCUUGCUACAGAACUGUGGACUUGGGGAGACAUAUCUUAUGGACAAUUAGGCAUUGGUGAUACAGUUAAAAGAAUAAAACCUAUGGUGGUGAUGACUUUGUCAGGAUUUGGACUCCAGAAGGUUUCUUGUGGGAAUUGGCAUUGUUCAGCUUUAACUUUAGAUGGGCGUCUAUUUAUUUGGGGUAACAAUCAUUACCAUCAAGUAAGUUUUGAUUCUAGAGAAGACAAAAGUGGUCCUAAACAGUUUACUGAGAACUCUGAUAGUGAUAGAGUGAGAGACAUGAUUGCUACUGAGCAUCACACUCUGGCCUAUACCCACAAUGAAAACAUAUUUUACAUGGGCAAGCACACGGAUGGAUACACUGAAUCCAUAGUAAAUUUAAACCAAAAGGCAGAGGAAGAAGUAACUGAGAAUGGGAAGGAUUUAACAAUGAAAAUUUUAGAUCUCCAAAUUCCCAGUAAACCUCAAAAUAUGUGCUAUCAUUGGAGAAUAUUGUCUUCAGGCAAUAUCAGUUACUGUUCAGUAGAAGAAGUCACAAAAAGCCCAGAAUUUCAAGAUCUGUCUAUUGCUCAAAGAUAUCUAGAAGAAAUGCUAUUGAUAUAUCAUUCCCUUAUCAAACCAUUUCUCAAGAAAAGCAAAUCCAUUACAUUACAUUCCAAUAUUUACGAAACCGUUUGUGAUAAUUUUGGUGACAUUUUAAAUAUAACGGCUCUCAAUGUGUUGUCAAUAUGGCAGUAUGCUGAGAAGCAUAUAAACGAAUGUGAUAUUUCUUUAAUCAAAAAUUUAGAAGAGUAUAUUUAUUUGUACAGAAAGUAUUAUGUAGCUGUAAGUAAUUUAAUUGUUGUUGGUGGUUUCUCACAGAUCAACAAUAUUGUUGAUGUCCCGUCUACUAUUUAUAGUUUGUUUAGUGAUCAACUGCCAUCAAAUAAACAGAAAAACAACAAGAAAACCUUGGAAGCCAUAGUAGCAUUAGCUUUCGUACAACCAUUAACUAGAUUGAGUUCAUACAAAUGCAUAGCUCAAUCACUGUUACGUUAUAAAACUAAGAGGAAAAAAGGUGAUGCUCAAACAAACAUUGAAGAAAGAUUGAGUAAAGUUGUGUCAUCAUUAGAUACAUUGAUAGAGGAGCAAGAAAAGAAACGUAAAGAGGCAGAAAUCACGAAACUAUUUUGGGAAACAACAGGAAAGUCUCUUGAUCAGUAUAAAACUCCUGAACGCAGACUGGUCAGAGAAUCAAAAUCUCGUGCACUGAAUUUGGUCAAUCCAGGGAGAUUCUCAUCACAUUGGUUUGUUCUAUUCAAUGAUCUAUUUGUCCGUGUAAAUGGGAGCACACCAAACUUACACCCUUUAGAGACACUAUGGGUUGAAUCAGUCCCAAAUACAGAUUCUCUGUCUAAUAUUAUUCAACUAACAACUCCUGAGGAACUAAUUUCAGUAUCCACUACCACAGAACAAGAGAAAACUGAAUGGAUUCAUGCAUUCAAUACCACUAUAAGGUUGAGAUUGAAUAAAGACUCUUCAUUCAAACCUCCUUCGAUUCGUUCUGCUUGUUAUACGUUUUCAAAUAAAGUACCCUUCUAUAAGGAAGCGACGUAUACUGGAAGGUGGUUGGACGGGAAGACUCAUGGAAAUGGGAAAGCUGAAUGGCCUGAUGGCAAGCAUUACGUGGGGCAGUUCCAGCUGAACGCGUUAUGCGGCCAUGGCAAGAUGGAGAUACCUGGAGUAGGCAUAUACGAAGGCCAAUGGAAGGACAACUUGCAAAACGGUUAUGGGGUCCUAAAAUACACGACCGGCGACAUAUAUGAGGGAUAUUUCAAGGACGGUUUACCCCACGGCCACGGGAUAAAAAAGCAGGGAGAUUUCACCACUUCGACAGCAACUAUUUACACCGGAGAAUGGGUAAAUGGUGCCAGGCAAGGGUACGGCGUGAUGGAUGACAUUGGGAAGGGUGAAAAAUACCUCGGGAACUGGAGUGAUAAUAAGAAGCAUGGAUGCGGCCUGAUUGUGACCUUGGACGGGAUUUACUAUGAAGGUCUUUUCAUGCAAGACGUGCUUACGGGACACGGCGUAAUGGUCUUCGAAGAUGGCACUCACUACGAGGGCGAGUUCAGGUCCGCCGGCGUGUUCUCCGGCAAAGGCGUGUUGACUUUCUCAAGCGGGGACAAGAUCGAGGGGUCUUUGUGUGGAGCCUGGACUGAGGGGGUGAAGAUCAGCAACGCCACCAUGCAGCUGAACGUGUCCAAUCCCGCACCGCCAGCGAAUUCUAAGCCUAAUUCAUUCGGCAAACUGAGCGUCGCGUCAAAUCAGAAAUGGAACGCCCUGUUCCGCCAAUGCUUCCAAUGUCUCGGCGUUACGGAAACAAUAUUAACGCCAACCGGAAACCACUUCGCUAACGGCCCUGUUGCGACCAUAGACAACGUUAAAAUUUGGCAGAAAGUAGCUGUGGCCAUUUCCUGUUCGCAUAAAGAUAAACACAAGACUCCCUUGAAGAAACCCAAAGGUUGUGAUAUGGAGAAGUCAGUUGAUUGCCUGGAGGUGAUACCCCAUUUUGGACAGAAGAACCUGGAUUUGGACAGCUAUUUUGAGUUGAAACAGUAUUUGCAGAACGCUUGCGAGUCCACGCAUCACCCGCUAGGCCAGCUGGUCCUGGCUCUCACCAACGCUUUCAACACCACUUACGGCGGGGUCAGAGUCCACCCAUUACUCCUUAGCCAUGCUGUCAAGGAGUUAAAGAGCAUCACCACCCGUUUGUACCAAGUGGUCCGUUUGUUGUUCCCCGCUCUGCCACCAGAGGGCACUGAUGUGGUGUUGCCGUAUAAAACUGACGAGGGAAAUGUGGACAGCAAUCCUAUUGAUGGUGAGGUGGUAUCAGCAGCUUCAUUGCUCCAACCGACCCUACUACCGCGCGUGCAUCCGGCUUUGUUCGUGUUAUACGCGUUACACAAUAAGAGGGAAGACGAUUUGUACUGGAGACGACUCAUGAAGUGGAACAGACAACCGGACCUCACGCUGAUGGCGUUCUUAGGAAUAGACCAAAAAUUCUGGAUCGGUUACAAUACCCGGAACUCUCAAAUGUCUCCUCCGUACUCGCCGCUCAAAGAGCAACUGUUCCAAGAAGCCGUCGAAACUCUACAGCAGCUGAAGACUACGUUCUCACCGAUAGAGAAACUUCUUGUAAUUCGUAGCACAUUCCAGAAGAUGACGACGGCUGUGCAACAGGAAUUGGGUCAGAACUACCUUUGGAGCAUGGACGAGUUGUUCCCCGUGUUCCAUUUCGUGGUGGUCCGCGCUCGCAUCCUCCAGCUGGGUUCAGAAAUACACUUCGUUGAGGAUUUCCUGGAGCCGGGCAUGCAACACGGGGAACUGGGACUUAUGUUUACUACACUUAAGGCCUGUUACUUUCAAAUACUCCAAGAAAAGAUGUCGAUGAACUAACGACGAACAAAAUAAACGAUGAUCUCGCAAUACGUAAUGGUGCGUUUUAAUUAGUUAUUAGUUGCUCCGAUAACAAUGUGGAAGUUUAAUACGCUAAGUGUUCAAUAAGUGAAGUCAUAAUUCCAUUUUGAUAUCGUUUCAAAGUGUAAACCAUUUAUAUUUAAUCCCAAAUGAUGUGAAAAUUAUAGCGUCGGGGUCGAAUCGGUAAGGUGUCUGGUUAAAAUGCGUGAUACUCAAAGUCACAGGUUCAAAUCUCACCUCGGCUAUGUACCAAUGACUAUUUUCGAAGUUCUGUUGAAUACUAACCGGUGAUGGAAAAAUCGUGAGGAAACCUGCUCAUUCAGGCAACCAUGCUCCAAAAGAGGUUAAGUUCCCUGCAAAGAUUGUGGAAAUCAGAUGGAAGGCGUUUCGUGUAAAAACCUGACUCCCCCAAUCCAGGGUCCAUGGUCAAAGGCAUACCCCGGGCUCCUCUCCAGAGUGGUGAGGAUGUGACCGGGUAAAGCCAGGAGGAAGAAGAUAAAGGAAAGCUGAGGCACGGUAGUUAGAUAUGACCUUACCUACCGGUACCUUUUGUCGGCGACUUCUAUUAUUUUCUUGUUUCGUGAAUGAGAAUGCUUAAUUUGAGAAAGCGACGUUGCGAGCAGCUAGUUUUUGAUGUAAUUUUAUUUAUUAUUAUGUUAAUGUUGUAUGAAUUGAAUAAGCUUUAAAAAAAAUUAUUUUGCUUAGAGAGUUCACUAAAGAUUUGUGUUAUUUAGACUUUACAAUUUUAAAGUCAAUUAAAGCUCUGUGACAGUUGUUGUACUGUCUAUAGCAGUUUAUUAAAAAACAUUAAAUCCGAUUUUAUAUAGGAAGAUAUAUAUAUAAAUUAUUUAGAGUUAACGCGACACAGUUAAUAUGUAAAAUUGGCCUAUUUUUUGUGAAUCUCAAGGUCACAAAAUAGUAUUGUUUUGUAUCUUAAUAAAACACGGUUUGGUCCAACGGUUCUUAGAUUCCAAAGUUAUUUGUUAAGAUGUUAUGUUUUAAGUUUUUUAAGGCUGUGGAAAUUAUGUUGUAUAAUUUCGCAAUGUUGUAAGUAGUUUUGGCUUGCUAAGUUCACUCUUUCUCACUAUACUUAAUUCAUAAAGAAAAAGUGAACUUAGCCAAAAGUAAAAAACUAAACGCAAAAAUUAUUAUGUGCCAAAAAAAUCAGUAAUCAUAUUUUUCUAAUUUAGAUGUGUCGAUUUCUUGCCAUGUUAUGUGCUGCUUUAAUAAAAUUAUAUAAUAUAUAAAGGUAAUUUAUAAAUAACCCGUAACUGCGAUUGUGAAUAACUAUUGUCAUAUAUGUUCAUACAUUGAAUGAACAAAAUGAGACUCAUUCAUGAGGAAUGAGGUACACUUCUUUAUCGGCCUUUACCCUCAAGUAGACUAGAUGUCGUGUUAAAUAAUUGUCAAACAAAGUCAAAGAAUUCCCAUGGGCGUAGGAAGGAAAGGGUAUGUUGUGUUACCCCAGAAUUUUCAGAUUUCAAUACCACAUAAACUUGGGAUUCUUCAGCAACCUGACACUAUUUGAAUUUCCAUUCCAUCAUUACCUUACAGCCGAACAUGGCCUUUCAGUCUAUACAAUAUAAACGUGACUAUAUGUAUGUAAAUAGCACCCCUGAAUUCCAAAAAUAGCACUAUCCAAUUAAAAACAUUCAAAAGCUAUAAAUCUUCUCUUUCUUUGUAGCAGAUUAUUUAACAUCAAUGCUAGAAAGAGAGAGAAGACAUAUCUGUGACCGUUCGUGAAUAAGCCUCUAGGUCCCCCUGGAAAAGUUUGUUAAUAUGCCUAUGAUAACUCCUAUUCCUAUGGAAAUAAUAAUUAAGUCAUUAAUUUAGUACAAAUCAACGGGUCGAGAAACUACAAUUAAUUGUCCCAAUUUCAAUUAUAAUGUAAGUAUCAUACAUAACCAAAUACUGAUAAGGCAUUAACCAAAUAAAAUGAGAUUAAGUGAUAUCAAACGUAUUGUGUACAAGUCUGGGGAGAACAAGGUAAACUAAGAAAAAUGAACUUCAUAAAUAUUGAAAUAAAUGCUAUUCUCUAUCAGAAGAUCAGCAACCCCUAAUUAUGUCAGUAAACUGUAUUUUGCAUUUUAAUACAAUAAUUAUAAAGUUCAAUUUUCUAUGCUGCAUGUCUGCGCCGAUGUUUCAAGUAUUUUAACUAUUUGACUGUUAAAUAAUUAUAUUUAAGUACAUUUUAGUACCAUAUCAAAAUGGAUUAAGAAUGUUGUAUAAUUAUAAUAUUUAUAUCUUCUUGUCUUACUAUAUUAUCUGAGGUGAGUUAGAAAAUUUGAAAAAUGUAUAUUAAUAAAGUUCGCAUAAAAAAUGCUUGUC